AUGCCGUUGAUAGUUGAUGGUAAGACUGAGGACUCGCGAUUUCGUUCAUCCGCUGAUUUUGCCAAAAAGUAUCCGCAUUUUAAGGAAAUUGCCGAGGAAUUUUGCAAGAAGCCCAUCAGAAAAACUGGAAGUAGAGGUCUUCUUUAUGUCACUCAAGGAGAAUUUGCAACUGUUGCACGUGAUGAUGAAAAUGUUACUGUUAUUGGGUCGGAAGAUGCGACAACUUGCCAUAUAAUCGUUUUACAGAACACAUCAUCUGGUGUGACUAGUUUAGGACACUUUGAUGGCCACGAUACGUGCAAUGGAAUUAAGAACAUGAUUUCGUCUGUCAAGUCCAGCUGCCCAGACCACAAAAGUGGACAGAUACUACUACAUCUGUUCGGGGGAUUUUUAGAUGACAGAAGGACUUCUAACAGUCUUACAACUUCCAUAUUGGAAAUUAUACAGAGUCAGGGUGAACCCAUUCACUUGAGUUCUGCCUGUGUGACAGAAUUUAAUGAUACAGUAGAAGUGGGUUUACACAAACCCCGAAUUUACGGAGUCGGUGUUACUGUCCAAGAUGGUCACAUUUUUCCGGCAACUUUUCUAGACAAAGGACCAGAUGAGUUCAUAAGGCAUGCUCGAACCUUCACCGCAGCAGAAAACAUGGUAGAAAUUUACAACUCUUCCUACAAAGAACUGCGGAUCACGCCAUAUGAAUACAAAAAUGAUGUUAUUAUACCCUAUAUUCCAUUCUUUUUGAAGGCAUCUGACGAGUUCAUACUUGAGAAUCUAUCCACAUCACCACAUUGUGAACCCCCUGACUUUGUAGCUACUAUAAAAGGAACUUUGAAACAUAUUUUAUCUCACCCAAAACCUUUAGUGACUGUGUUUCCUCAAGGAAGGCCACGCAUUUAUAAACGUCAACCAGGAAAUGAAUGUUGGGCUGCAGCUGUUGAUGGUUAAAAAAACAAGGGUACCUCUUACAUACAAGUUCAGAAACUGCUGAAUCAGAAAAAUAUGAUAAUUUAAAUGGAAACUAAAAUUUGCUUGAAGGAAAUGCAACAUUGUUGCACAAAAGGAGUUUUAUGAGUUUCUCCCUUCCUUCAUCUUUAAAAACCACAUGUGUACGUGGCUUGCACACUUUGUUAACCAUCCUUAAACAGUCUUCUUAUAAUACCAUAAAAUUACGAAAAUAAGCCCCAGGGCUUAUAUUUUUUAAAGGCCUCUUUUGAGGGGCUUAUUUUUGGAGGGGCUUAUAUUCGGAGGGGCUUAUCUACAGAGGGAAAUUUGCAUUUCAAAAUUGAUUAAGCUAGCCUUAUAGUUGGAAGUAAAUUUACGGUUUUACUUUGUAUUUGAGGGCAAUUUUCCAAGUACAAUCCCUGGUGGGCUUAUAUUUGGAGGGGCGAUUUAAUGGAGGGUUUUUGGGUUUCCGGUUUGGGGGGCUUAUAUUUGGAGGGGCUUAUUUUCGGAAUUUUACGGUAUGUUAAUCCAUAUUCUUUCAUGUCAGACAGGUUCAAUCCAGUUGAUAUGUCUGCUGAGGUCUCCCCAAAGCUUUAUUGUGCUUGGUUUUGCCCCUUUGCACAACGAGCAUGGAUUGCUUUGCUGGCAAAGGGCACAGAAUUUGAGUACAUAGAGCAAGAUCCUUACAACAAAACCCCGGAAUGGUUGGCCGUCAAUCCCCGUGGAAUGGUACCAGUCAUUGUGCAUAAUAAUAAAUCCAUUUAUGAAAGCUCAGUGUGUAUUGAGUACGUAGAUGAAACCUGGCCUAGUGAUCCAAGAUUGCUGCCCGAAGAUCCGUAUGAAAGAGCACAUGCCAGGAUCUGGGGAGACUUCAUUAGCAAGAAGAUAGUGCCAUUAUUUUAUGCUCUUCUGAUGAAACAAGGUAAAGAUGAGCAAGAGGAAAUCAAACCUCAGUUGACAAGUCAUUUUCUCACCUUUACAAAAGCAAUGCAUCCUACAGGACCAUUCUUUCAGGGGGAAAAGCUUCUGUAUGUCGACAUCAUGCUAGCCCCUUAUGCUGCAAGGUUUAACAUUCUGAAGCACUAUCGAGGCUUUGAGUUGCCGCAAAGCAGUGAAUUUGAAAGGUUCCACAAGUGGUGGGAAGCUGUCAAGAAUGAUCCUGCUGUAAAAAAUACCUUACAGGAUGAUGAAAAAUUAAUUGCCUCUUACAAAAGAUAUGCUGAUGGAAGUGCCAAAUCUCAAGUUGGUGAUGCUAUUAGGAAAGGUGGACCAAUGCCUUGA